UCACUGUUUUUCAACCGCCUGAAGGUGUUUUUCGGGGGUUUUUCAGGCUAUUUUGAAGCUCAUUUUUCCCAGAUGUGCUUUUUUUUUCUUCUUCUUUUUUUCUUUUUUCUUCUUCUGUAACUUUUCUUCUUCGCCUUAAAGUUUCCGGCCACGUGACUUUCAGCUUACAUCCCCGAGGUUCUGAGAAACCACAGGAGGCCGAGACCUAAAGGGAAGGUGCAGAGGCUCCGAGAGGAGCGGCAGAGAAAGUGGCAGAGCGCAGGGCAGGAGGACAGCGUGCCUCCAGGACGGGUGAGAGCUGGGAAGCCAAGGGCCAUCUCAGGGGGGACAGAGGAGGGCAGGGGAGAGGGAAGGGAAGCGAGACAGAAGGCAAGCACACCAAGAGCACAAAGGAAGCUGAAGAGGCCCUGGGAGCCAGAGACGGGAGCCAUGCCCCACAGCUCCGACAGCAGCGACUCCAGCAGCUUCAGCCAGUCUCCCCCUCCCAGCAAGCAGGACUCUUCUGAUGACAUGAGGAAAGUCCAAAGGAGGGAGAAGAAUCGCAUCGCUGCCCAGAAGAGCCGCCUGAGGCAGACCCAGAAAGCAGACACGCUGCACUUGGAGAGCGAAGACUUGGAGAGGCAGAACGCUGCCCUGCGCCGGGAGAUCAAGCAGCUGACGGAGGAGAUGAAGCACUUCGCCUCGAUGCUGAGCUCCCACGAACCGCUCUGCUCCAUCCUGACGUCCCCUCCACCGCCUCCAGAAGUGCUGUACACCACACACUCCUUCCACCAGCCCCACAUCAGCUCCCCACGCUUCCAGCACUGAGCCAGCCAGUGGAACGGCAGCCUGCCAGCUCCACUGAUGGCAAGAAGCAACUUCAUGGGGCUUGCUUUUCCACCUAAGGGAGAGGGACGGACAGGCAGACAGACACCCCUUCUCAAAGUGUGUACUCUGAGUGACUUGCCUAAGACUUGCUCCCUGUGCAGAAAUGGGAGAGCCACCAGGAGGCAUCUUUGGGCAGUUUCCAGCUUGGAUCCUGGGAAGAGGAGGCAUUCACAAAAGGGCACCAACCCCCGUUCCCUGGUGCUUGUUUGGCAAAGCUCGCAGGAGCAUGCGGCACCAGCAGCCUCCAUGCAAGCGGCUGGCUGUGGCGCGCAACAGCCGGAGCUCCAGGGAGAGGAACGGGAGCAUGGGCGGAGGGGAAGGUUGGGGGCCACAGAGUACCAGGGCAA